AUGGCUUCGCCGCCGUUGAGCAAGGGGACGGCGCCGCGUGGCUCGGCUGCAGAACCUAGAGCAGAGGAGGCGAUUUGGGGGGUGUGGUUUUGCAGAGGGCGCCGCCGCCGUUUGAGAAAUGGUCGGCAGCUCUGUUGGUGGAGGAGGGCGGCGGAGGGGGGCCUCUGCUGGUGGGAGAAGGCGGCGACUCUGUUGGUGGAGGAGGGUGGCGAAGGGGGGAGGGACAGCUCUGCUGGUGGGAGGCAGGAUGCUGAAUCGAUUGAUCAUAUUUUUUGGGCUUGCGGUCAGGUGAAGGAGGUGUGGAGUUCUUUUCUUGCUUGGUUUGGAGUGGAGUAUCUUUCUGAAUGUGUGGAUCUUCAUUCUUUUUUGGUAGAGGCUUGGAACCUGAACUUUAGUCCACAAAUCACCAGCUUCUGGAAAGCGGGGAUCGUGACGUUGGUUUGGAAAAUCUGGCAUGACCGGAACAAGAUUGUGUUUGAUAAUGCUGGUUUUCAUGGGCCUGGUGUUCUGAAUUUCAUUAAGGUUUAUUUCAAAGAAAUGGAAGCUAACUUCACACGGCUCGGUCAUGUUUCUAGUGCUUGGCAAGAUUAUGUUAUUACUCGUGCCAUUGGUGUUCAAUCUCGAAUUGCCCCGCCUCCGGAGAUGGUGAACGUUUACUGGUGGCCUCCCUUUGGGGAUUGGAUGAAGGUGAAUACCGAUGGGUCUGCUCUUGGAGCUCCUGGUUUGAUUUCUGCAGGAGGCGUUUUUCGCGACAGUUGGGGGCAGAUUCGUGGUUGUUUCCAUGAGAAAGGUGGGCAGGGAUUCGCUUUUGAGGCUGAGCUGCUUGCGGUUAUUACGGCGAUAUCCAUUGCGCAUGAGCAAGGUUGGUUGAAGUUGUGGAUUGAAGCCGACUCUUCUUAUGUGGUUAAUCUGCUCGAUAGAAAAUCAGAGGACGUGCCUUGGCGUUUUGUGGCUCAUUGGAAGUGCACUCUCCAGUUGCUUUCUAGCUUUCAGUUGCAAGUUACUCACAUAUUCCGGGAGGGUAAUGUGGUGGCGGAUAUAAUGGCAAAUCAUAAUAGGGAAGAAGGGUGGUAG